AUGUCUUCGAAGUCUUCUGAUUCGGAUCGUCUCUCUGUUUCUGAUGAUGAUUCGGAAUUUAACUACAUACCGGGAAAUUAUUCUCUCAUUGAAUCUGAGAUUAUGGAAGCUUCUGACAGUGAGAAUGGCGAAGGUAAUAAGGAUCAACACACAAGCUGUGUUGAUGUUGAACGAUAUUCAAGCGAACCUAUGGCGGACGAAGAAUGGAUGGCAGAAUACAGGCUACGACAAGCGGAGAAAGAACAAAGGCUGGCAAGUUUGAAAGAUCGGCUAGCGGGGAAAAAGAGCCUUAGUAAUUGGUACACAAGUUAA